AUGCCCGAAUCAUCCACAAAUCCCAUCUCGCUUGUACCCGAAGAAUACAGCAAUGACUGGAACCACGUCCAACUCGCCACAAGGUAUAUCGUUCUCCGCGACGAAUACCUUGCCGUUCGCACCCUGUUGGAUGGCGCCAUCUAUGCUCGCCCCUUUGAGCGCGAACGCACCAUACACAAUCUACAAAAUAUGCGUCUAUCGCUAGAAAAUGAGAUGCAGCAGCUACGCACUCAGAAUCUACAGCUUCAUAGGGCAUGCCAGAAGAAUCGAAAUAUUAACCGUGAAUUACGGCAGCAGUACGUGGAAACACAGGAAACUCUCAACAUAGUUCUGCAAGCGCAAUUUCAAGGGGAUCAGGAGACGCGAGCGCAGCAUGCGAAGAUUGAGAGACUUCAGGAAGAGAAUGAGAGCCUUCGGUGGCACAUGGAGAUGUUAGUUAAGGCGAGGGAUGAAGAUGAAGGUAGCCCACCUGGUUUAGUGAACAAGGGUGGGAACUUGCAAUCAGGAAUGGAUGAGAGGGGAAAGACGGCCGAAAUUCCAAACGUUCGGGUUGAUGAAGUCAAGGCUGAACAGGAGAAGAUGACGAAGGCUGAGAUAUCUGGGGAACAAUCGUGUUGGGACGACAACGACGACGACGACUAUAAUGAUGACCAUCUUGACGUCUAG